CACAAGUUCGAUGACGUUGGCAAACCUCGCCGAAUUGUACGCCCCACCAUCAAGCCACUCAUUCGCCGCCCUUUCAACCCUGAACGCGCUGAAAAAGCGAAACACGACAUCAAGGAGCUUGCACUUCGCGCGCAUCUCUUCAAGAAGCAACAGUUGCUCGAUCGUAUCUCCGACCCUGCUCCCCCUCUCAUCGAUCGCAUCGAUAUGCAGGCGGGACCCUCCUACAAAUACGAACCACCCAAGCCGCUCCCCGACAUUCACUUCCAGCGCACAAAGAUUCUGCUGCGCACAUCCGAGUACAACGAGAUGUUUGCCGCUACAGCCGACAGGCUGGAGCCAGUGUUCGCUCGGAUGGAAAAGGAAGAAGGAAACUUGGAGCCGGAAGUUGUGGCGAAAGUCAGGAGGAUGGGCAAUGGGUUCGACGAGUUGUAUCAUGGGCUGGAGAAGAAGGCGCACCGGCUUACCAACAGGCACUGGAGAGUUAUCAAGCGCGACCUGAAAAGGAUCGGGCAUGUCUCCUUUGAAGACUUAAGCAGUCACCUGCCGGAGAUUUGUAAUGAGUUGGCUAGCCUAAACAUCACCUUCAAGUACGAAGUGUAG